AUUCUGAAUGUGUGUGGUUUCUUGGUCGAUUUGGGAAAAAGCUCGAGGGCAGGCAAUAGAAGACAGCUCUCUCGUCUCCAUCGACUCAUUUUAAGCUUCUCCAGCGACGGCAACAUGGUCGGGAGCAGCGCCAUGGCCGGGUGGGUCGCCGGCACUGGGAGCGGGAGCGGGAUCGUGAAGCAGUACAGCCUCGGGGGGAAGAGUUCUGGUGUACGGGACGUCGCUGAUCACGCGGCGGUCGUCGAGGCUGUACCUCGUCUUCGUGGUCGGCCCCGACGACAACGCCCCCUCUUCGUCGAAUUAUCUGCUGCCGGAGCAUCGGGACAAGGACUCCGUCUCAGUGAACUACACCGCCGCGGCAAAGUAUCGCUGCUUCAUGGUACGUGGGCAGGUGUGGUGAGCUCGGACGACGGCGGCGGCGGAGACGGCGAGGGAGGCGACCCGGGGGUGCUGAUGCCGGUGGGCGUCGCGGUGGUGCGUUUCUUCAAGGACUGGGAUCCGCUGUGGUUCUACUCCCACGCGUCGAUACAAGGGCUCGGGUUUGGGCUGGGCGUCGCCGGGGCUUAUCUAGAAUUAGGAUCGUCGUCGUCAAUUUGGAGGAUGAUAUAUCAUGCAUGCCACAAAAACUCGAGGCCAGUCACAUGCGUUAACUUUGCCUUUCUUCUUCCCGACGCUGACAGCACUGACUUGGAAUCUAAGAACUUGAUGGUGGUUGAGGUUAUGAGGUCUGCGACUACCUGCGUGCAGGUGAUGGCGGCCGUGCUCGCUUGCCCUGACAAGGCGUCCAGGGCGGCGAAGUACUGGAACUGGUUUCACCGCUACGUGGGGCCUCGCUUACGGCGUUGGGGCGAUCAUCGCUGUGACUUCGGAGACCAGAAGGUGCAUUGCGAGGUACGAGUGAGCGAGAGCAGAAGUUAACGAGGCAGUGCUUUUGUUUGGUUGCCAGUGGCUUGCAGCUUUUGCAGUACAAAACUGGCACAAGUUUGAUGGCAGCAAAAGAUGUAGUGGCAUCAGAUUUAAAACCGGAGCAGGAGCUUGAGCUCUCUCUGUUCUCUAUCCAAGUGGAUUUCAAUCGAGAUAACAAUACCUACC